AUGCACAUGCACCUGUACCAGCAGUGCGACACUAUACUUCUCCUUGGAGGGAUGGGCGUGCAGCAGUGCGGAAGGCCUAGCCACAGAGAGAUCGACUCGCACGACUGGCAGCACAAGAGGCCGCUGCCGCCAACUUUCCAGCACGGAAGUCUCUUGAUGGCUUCCUGCUGGAGCGAGCGGUACCGGCUGUUGCGCCAGAACCGCUUGUCUGACUCGGAACGAUUGCAAUGUGUCAAUGGCGACUGGUACAACAGUCUUGGGAAGCCCGGCCUCAACGGUCUCACUUGUGAAGGAUGCGUGCAGGUCGGAGCACGGGGCUAUGCGGCCUACGACGAGCGAAACGAGCAGGAGCUCUACUUCUUCAACAGAAUGGCCCUGAGCAUCUAUACCGAGCUUGGCAUGAUCAAGGAGCUGGACGUGCAUGCCAUGCACAAGUACUGCCUGCAGCCAUCCAGCGACGGGAAUAUGACCGUCCAAGCAAGCAGCGCUUGCCCUCCGCGUUUGCUGUCGCAGGUGACCGGCCGGGCAGGGCCGGAGGCGCGACUCUUCAAGCUGCUGCCUCUCGCAGAGGACGACGAGCAGUGCUUGAGCACCAAGGGCAGUACCUCGGGACUCAUGCACGUGAACUGCAAUGCGACUGACGCUGCGCAGCACCUCGUCCCCGCAGAGCUGCCAACAGACAUGUGGGACCUCCACAUCGAGGCGGAUGAGCGCACACAGGAUCUCCACAAGCCCUUUUCCUCCUACUGCGGCACGAGUGGAGCCUUGAGCAGCCUCGACUUCGGCCAACUUUUUGCAGGUGACACGGGAAAUAGCCAGACGGCCUGCAAGUUCGCCCCGCUAAUUCAGUUCGGUGAGUUCGUGGAUACUGGCAUCGUGCGAUCAAAGACCACCACCAACUGGAAGGAUUGGCACCACCUCCUCGCAGAGAACUCCGUUGAAUGCGAAUCGGGCGAAGCCUUGACGGCCUUCAAGCUGGAUGCAGCCAAGAGCAUCUACAAGUACGAGUGCAGCAAGAUCGGUGGGUUGGGCGCCUGCUUCGACUACUACAGCGCCCAGGUGGAGAUCGCCAGCUUCAGCCAAUCGAUCAGUCACUGGGCAAAGUCGAUUCGUAUGAUGCCGGUGAGCUGCGGGCAGAAUGCCAUACUGGGAGGCUUCCACUUCGAGUUCUCCGAGGGGGGCAAGUGGGGUCGAGUGCGCUACCAGUGCUGUAAAGCCGGUGGGGCGCCAGUGAGCUUCGAUCCUCGGGGGCAGCUGCCCGAGCUGGUGGGCAGCUACGACGGGAUCUACUGCCCCAGCAGCCGUGAUGAGCAGAGUGGCCGGGUGAGUUUUGAAGGUGGAUCUGAUCGCACCCUGUCUUUCCAGCGCAAGUCAGGCAAGUGGUGCCUGAAUUCCGAGUGCUCGGAGGUCACCAACAGCGCUUCUCCUGUGGGCAUGACAGGUGCCGCCUUCGAAGUGGUAAAUGUGAGCGAUUUCGACGGGGAGUUCCUCGGGCAGAUGCCCAAAGAGAAGAACAAGGCCUUGUCCUUGGCUUUGCGCAUGAAGCCUCCGCGACGCCCCGCACAGCCCCCCAUGCCCGAGCUAGAGGAGUUCAAGGCGCAGCAGCCGAAGUAUGCUGCGGAGUGCUUGAACUACGAGAAUCUCUGGAAGGAUGUCACGGAGACUUUCAAAGACGAGGAGGACGAGGAAGUGCAGAGAACAUCCAAGUUGGAGGCCGAUCCUUCCACGAAGGAUCAAGAGCUGGACUCCUACCACCCAUGUGAAGUCGCCAAGACUGCCGGGGGCAUCUUCGGCCAAUGGGGUGGAGGAGAUGGGUCGACGGCUCCGGAGAAUAUGAUGUAUGCGGACUGGAACGACUGUAUGCAAGGCGACAUCGAGCGUGACUUGGCCUCGGCGCAGUUGGAUUACCAUUCUGCGCUCACCGACUUCAUCAUGGAUCUCGUGGGGGAGACCAUGGGGGCGGUGUGCGAUGUCAUCCCGGAUGUGAUGAUUGCCCCCUUCGGUGCCGGAGUGGCGCUGAAUCCGAGCGAGAUCUGCACCGGCAUCAACGACCUCCUUGGGGCCGCUCAAAACUUUGCGGGACCCGCCAGCGGCUUCCACUUCGCCAGCCUGCGCCAUCCUUCGCCGGAGGAAGGCUACGCGGCGUGCAACCCCAUGCAGAUCGGAUUUGCACGAGCCUUCUGCGAUAUCCACUGCGUGCGGGACGCCGUGAUCCGGGGUGAUCGGUCCAUCAUCCGUAACCUUGAGAUGGCAACGAAGAAGACGAACAACAACUUGAAGGCUCUGGUCAAGUGGUCCGUCGAUGCAUCUCACACCGACAUCGGGUGGAUUGGCGAGAAGCUGGACUACAUGCACGCCAUCAACACCGGCUACAUGAAGGACAUCCACGACGCCUGGGUGAAUGUUCAGUUUUGUUUUCCUGACCUGGUGACCCUCCAGUCCAGAGCCGGUGAGGAGGGCCGUUUGAGCGAACGGAAUGGCAUAACUCCCUAUUUGCUUGCUGGGUGUCUUUUCAAGGCCUACAUUCGGUGCCUCUUCGAGAAUGGUUGGAUCCAGCACUCAGAGGAACUCCUGCAAGGCACCAAGAAGGCCACCGAUUCGAUGUUUGCCGAGCUCGCCGGGUACGCUCAGGCUGCAUCCUUCGACGAGCUCUCGAAAAUCACGGCCAAGGGAGCGCUCGAAGAGUUCCUGAAAUCUGCUGACUUCUCCCCGAAAGCCAACGCCACAGCUGCCGCUUCGCUGCUGGGGCGCUUGGAUGUCCUGCACCAGACGCUGCAGCGUGCCGGACGCGGCCGGGACAAGGGUGAGAUGAUGAGCCGCCAGGUCGCCCAGACCGUUCGUCAUCUCCAGCGCCAGGCAAGCUUCCAUCUCCGGACAUUGGGCGUCUACCGCCAAGAGAGCAACGCCUCGAGCCAGGCCGCGCGCGGCAAGGCCUCGAAGGCCUCGAAGGCCUUGGCCCGGGAGCGGCACCAGGUCCUCAUGUCUUUGGACCACAUCUGGUGGCAGCUGCGCACGAAGCUGGACUCGUAUCUGGACGUGGCCGAGGACGAAGUCAAAGCCUUCCAGGGCUCUCUCGUGGAGCUGAAAAGCUACUUGGACUGCAAGAAGGGCUUCUCCGACCUCGCCGCCGGCUACGCCCAGAGCAUGUCCGCACUCGGCCGAAGCCACCGCCACCUUCGAGCCACCUGGCGCCAAGGGACUAACUUGCUCGGAGAGUUGGCGUCUGUCCUUGCGGACACGGAGGCCUUCCAAGGCUUCGUCAUCGAACAAGGAUGUGAGUCCGAGCUCGUGAAGCAGACGCUCCAACAGCUUCAAUCCGGAAUCUUCGGCAUGGCCUUCCUGCUCCACCGCUUCCGAGCCGCCAAGCUGCCGGAUCCCGACACCUCAGCGCUCAAGCAGUCCACGAAGCGCAUCCAGGAGGCAUAUGCAGCCGCGACUGCCAAGUGCCACUGA